AUGGAGGAAAUAAGUGAAUUGAAAAAGCCUUCGCUGGUCUUGGGUGAUUUCAAUGCUAUUACUUGUUCAGAGGAAAAGGUUGUAGGUAAAGCACUUAAGAGAAGAUCUAUGUUAGAUUUUAGCAACUGUAUAAAUGUUUUUGGGAAUGUUAAUAUCCAACUAAAAGAAGCUGAAAUGAAAGUACAAGAAGCUAUGGUGAAUUCUAAUGAUAAUCCUUUUGAUGAAGAAAAAUUAGAUAAGUUGGUAACUGCACAAAAUGAACAAGCACAAAAUUAUAUAAGUGAAUUGGAGGAUGGUAAUGGGAAUAUCAUUUCAGAUCAAAAGAGGAUUGCUGAGCUUUUAGUAAAUCACUUUGAAGAUAAAUUCAAAUUUCAAAAAACUGAAGCUAAUAAUUCUUUAUUGGAGGUGAUCCCAAAAAUUAUUACUGCAGAAGACCAAGAAAUGUUGGAUGUUAUUCCAAGCUUUGAAGAAAUAAGAAAUACUAUAUUUUCCAUGGAUCCUGAUAGCUCUCCAGGACCAGAUGGUUUCUCUGGUUUUUUCUACAAAGAAUGUUGGAAAAUAAUACAAGAAGAUGUAUUUCAUGCAAUUCAAUUUUGCUGGAACAAAAGAUUUAUUCCCAAGGGCCUCAAUUCAAGUUUCUUAUUUCUAAUUCCUAAGGUGCAAGGAGCCAAAUCCCCAAAUCAAUUUAGGCCAAUUGGCCUGAGCAAUGUAAGUUUCAAGAUUAUUACAAAGAUAAUAACCACAAGGAUGAGUACUUUAAUGGAAAAAUUGGUAGCUCCUCAACAAGCUGCUUACAUUAAGGGUAGAAACAUACAAGAAGUGUUAUUAGCUUCUGAAAUGGUCAAUGAAAUGAAAAAGAAAAGAAGGGGAGGCAAUGUUGGAUUUAAUCUUGACAUUUCUGAAGCAUAUGAUUCUGUUAGAUGGGAGUUUCUAUUUCAAUUACUUCAAAGGGGAUUAAGACAAGGAGACCCUCUCUCUCCUAUCUUGUUUGUUCUAAUGGAAGAGAUGAUGUCUUCAUCUUCUGCAAUGGAGCAAAAAAAAUGUAUGCAAUAUUUAUUGAAGCUACUGGAAGACUACCAAAAAAGUUCAGGGCAAAUUAUCAAUAAGAGUAAAAGCAAAAUAUUCAUUGAUGGCACCACUGAGUUAAGAAAAACUGUGAUUCAAGACUUAAUGCAGAUGCAAAGAAGUGAAUUUCCUGAUAAGUAUCUUGGGGUUAUAUUAUCAGCUGGUAGAGUCAAAUCUUCAAUGGUAUGGCCCAUGGUUGAGAUGCUACAAGGUAAAUUGGAUGCUUGGAAAGGGAGAAUUCUAUCUUUUCAAGAAAGAAAUUUUUUAUGGUCUGGAGAUGGAGAUGUCAGAAAAUUUAAAACCUUAUCUUGGGAAAAAGUGUGCACUCCAUUUGAAAAGGGAGGAUUGGGUAUUCAAAGACUUGAGAUCAUCAACAGAGCACUUUUAAUGAAAAUGAUAUGGAAAAUUUUGCACUCAAAAGAAGAAUGUGCAACUUUCUUCAAGGCUAAAUACAUUGAUAAAAAUGGGCAAUGGAGUACAAAGUGGAAACUGUCUUCAGUUUGGCCAGGACUUAAAUGGGCAUGA